CUAAUCAUCAGGUGACCGGCACGGUAUUUCUACCGAGAAAAUAAAAGGCUAGCUACCGGUCAUUUAAAACCUCUAUCUUGAUUCUCAAAGUCCAUCGGGAAAGACCACACGGAUGAUAAGAUGAGUCUACUCGAUUUACCUACUGAAUCACUCCUGUUGAUCAUUCAAAACUGUGAAGAUGAAAAGGACAUCAGCUCAUUCGUGCAAACCAACUCUCUCUUGUAUAACCUACUGUCGGACUAUCUCUAUCAAAAAUAUGCCCGGCGACAUAACAGCAGUGCGUUGCAGUGGGCAGCGGAGUACGGGCUACCUAGAGUAGCCCUCCGCUCACUUAGCAAUGGAGUAUGCGUCAAACACCGCAGCUCAUCCAGCCACACACCACUAUAUUUAGCAGUAGGAAACGGCAAUGAAGAGUUGGUCCGCAUCCUUCUUGCGCAUGGAGCCAACACCAACCACCUGUGUCCCCCUCCGGACUGGAAGGUCCCAUUUGAGACAGCUCUGAUGAAAGCAGCAUCUGCUGGACAUGAUGUGAUAGUUCAGAUGUUGCUUGAUCACGGUGCCCCUAUCGACCCACACAGGUCAGACGGGAAGAAUCCCCUGUGCCUGGCAGCUGAGGCCGGGCGCCUCAGUACAGUCAAGUUGCUUAUCACACGUGGAGCAAAUCCCAAGCUCCCCAGGUCCAACCUAGGAAACACCCCACUUGCACUUGCCGUAUCUCAUGGGUAUCCAGAGAUUGUCGAGCUUCUUAUCCAAAAUGGUGCGAUGGUCCGCCACCCAAAUGUAGAGGGAAACACACUGCUUUCUGAUGCAGUGGAGAAACAACAUUGGGAAACCGCUAAAGUUCUUCUUCAAAAUGGCGCCAAGGUCGAUAAGAGGAACUCACAUGGCUUAAGUGCACUUGAUAAAGCCGCGAUGAGUAAUAGCAUAGCAGGUGCUCGACUAUUGAUUGACCAUGGAGCCCAAGUCAAUUCCGAUAGCUCGUUUGGAGGGACGCCUCUCUUUGCUGCUGCAAGACGAGGCUAUGAAGAUAUGGCCAGGCUGCUAAUUAACAAUGGCGCCGACAUCAACGCUCUGAGUGAGGUUGUACCACGGGCUUACGAGCAGCUUCCGGAAUAUGAGAAAUUGAGGGAUUUGUCACUGAGGAGGGGCGCCGACUCCGAUUGCGCGCUGUCCUUUCCCGUGACACCGCUAUUGAUGGCUGCAGCAAACGGUCAUGAAGCAAUGUGUCGGCUUCUAAUAGAUAACGGUGCGGAGGUUAAUUAUGAGACCUUGAUGGGGGUGACACCUGGAUGUCUUGCAGAAGCCUACGGCUACCAUGAGAUAAAGAGUCUUAUUGAGAAAGCUAAUUCUGGCCAGGGUUUGAAGUCUACCGCGUAA